GGCGGCGGCGGGAGCCCAGAGCCAGAGCCCGAGCCAAAGCCCGGCCGGGGCCGAGCGCAGCGCAGCGCGGCGGCGGCGGCGGCGGGGCCGGGAGAGGCUGGCGCGCCGGGCGGCUCCGCGAAUCCUCCGGCAUCCGCCCCGGCGGGCCGCCCCCUCCCGCGGCAGCCCCCCGAGCAGCGGCCCGGCACCGGCGCCUUCCCGGCGGGCAGGAGUGAGUCAUGGAGCUGCGCGUGGGAAACAAGUAUCGCCUGGGACGGAAGAUCGGGAGCGGGUCCUUUGGAGAUAUCUACCUGGGUGCCAACAUCGCCUCUGGUGAAGAAGUUGCCAUCAAGCUGGAGUGUGUGAAGACAAAGCAUCCGCAGCUGCACAUCGAGAGCAAGUUCUACAAGAUGAUGCAGGGCGGAGUGGGGAUCCCAUCUAUCAAGUGGUGCGGGGCCGAGGGCGACUACAACGUGAUGGUUAUGGAGCUGCUGGGGCCCAGCCUCGAGGACCUCUUCAACUUCUGUUCCCGCAAGUUCAGCCUCAAGACGGUGCUGCUCCUGGCCGACCAGAUGAUCAGCCGCAUCGAGUACAUCCACUCCAAGAACUUCAUCCACCGGGACGUCAAGCCCGACAACUUCCUCAUGGGGCUGGGGAAGAAGGGCAACCUGGUAUACAUCAUUGAUUUUGGCCUAGCCAAGAAGUACCGGGAUGCCCGCACGCACCAGCACAUCCCCUACCGGGAAAACAAGAACCUGACCGGCACUGCCCGCUACGCCUCCAUCAACACCCACCUGGGCAUUGAGCAAAGCCGUCGAGAUGACCUGGAGAGUUUGGGCUACGUGCUCAUGUACUUCAACCUGGGCUCCCUGCCCUGGCAGGGCCUCAAAGCAGCCACCAAGCGCCAGAAGUACGAACGGAUCAGUGAGAAGAAGAUGUCGACACCCAUCGAGGUCCUCUGCAAAGGCUACCCCUCCGAGUUCUCAACAUACCUCAAUUUCUGCCGCUCCCUGCGGUUUGACGACAAGCCUGACUACUCUUACCUGCGCCAGCUCUUCCGCAACCUCUUCCACCGGCAGGGCUUCUCCUAUGACUACGUCUUCGACUGGAACAUGCUCAAAUUCGGGGCUUCCUCGAGCCAGGCUCAGCCCCGUGACAGCGAAGCUAUUGCAUCGCCCUACCCCCGCCCCUGUCCCUGGGCCGGGCCCACGUGCACACCCACAUACUGGUGCCCGGCCCCCCUGGGCACCCAGGGCUCCCCAGAUGGGCCCAUGGAGGAGGUGGAGGAGGUGGAGGAGCUUCCCCCCCAAAACUACUGGCCUGUGGUCUGGACUCCGGGGCCCCAGUUCUGAUGUCACCAGGUGUGCCUGAGCCCAUCGGGGCCAGGACUGAGGAAGUGUCCCUUGGGAUGGUUGGGGUGACCCCCUAUUCCCUAGAGAUGGCAAUGCAGUGGAGAGGGCAUGGUGGAAAAGGCCCUGCAUCAGGAUUCUUGGGAAUGAACCAGCUGCCUGAGGGCCAGGACAGAGCCCAAAGGAGGGAUGAUGGCCACUGCCUGGGAGGGGCCUGGUGGAAACAGCACCAGGAUCAGGCUCAAGGCCAGACCCUAUCGGCAUUCUCUGUAUUGAACCUGAACUCAUUAAACGCCUCCCCAUGCUUCAUCCUGGUGUGCCUGUCCUUUCGUGGCAGGUCCUCGGCCUGCUCUGCCAGAGGCUGGGGCCUUGUUCUCCUGGACGCCAAGGUUGGCACAUUGGUCCUGGGUUUCUCUUUUCCCUGGGUCCCAGACAGUGGCCUGGUCCUGUUCCCUAAGGAGUAGGACAGAGGUCAGGCAGAGAAGGGGGGUUUCACAGGCCGGGGACCUCAGGGAGAGGCCUCGGUUGCCCUCUCUCCAGGGCUGUGGGUGGGAGAUGUGCGCAGUGGGUUGCCUUCUCUUUCACCCCAGACAUUCCAGAUGGGAGUAUGGCUAAGGCCAGGGAGUGUGGGCCAGCUCUUCUCACUGCAAGGCAUUGCUCAUGGCGUUGGGCACUGGGUACUUGCUCAUCCCUAUGGAAAGUCAUACCCGAGUCUGCUCCUGUAAUAGGCUGGGCCCUUGCGACCAGCACAGCUCCAAGAACAGGUUGUGCCUUCUCCAGACGUGUGCCAUUCAAUAUGGUAGCCACUGGCUGCCUGUGGCUAAUUUUUAAUUAAUUAAAAUUAAAAUUGAAGCUGUAGUUCUUCAGUUACAUUCACCACAUUUCAAGGUCUCAGAAGCCACAGGUGGCUGGCUAGUGGCUGCCACAUCCAGCAAGUCAGAUGUGAAAGUUUCCAUCAUCCCAGAAAGUUCUGUGUACAGCGCUGCUCUAGACACCUCCUCUACAGAGAGAGCCUCUCUUGGGACUGUUUAGCUGGCAAGAUCUCUUCUCAAACCAGGCCAGCAGCACCCUCCCCUAGCCGUGCUCUGACCCUCUUCGUGGAGUCCCCUUUGAGGCAAGCCCUGGAGUCAGAAGUCGGGCAGAGGUGCCGACAGUGAUCUCUGACCUGUCACCAUGGUGGUAAUCUUGACCACUUCAGCAGCCCCUGGCAGAAGCAUCCGCAGAACACACAAUGGGGACCUUUUCACCCUGAGGCUGGGCCUCUCCCACACCAUCCUCCCUGCAGGAAGCCUCACAAGCUCCUACCAGCAGACAGGACACAGUGUGGGCACCAUGACUCUUUCAUGGGAAGGAUCUGCCCUUGCCCUUGGAGUGGCUCCCCAUCCACUGGGGCUGGAAUCCUUGGAAACCUGGAGCCUGGGACACCCUUCUCAGCACACACAGCCACUGGAUUCCAGGUUCCAACCAGCUGGCCAGGAGGAUAUUCAACACAGCCAAGGACAGAGGUCCAUGCAACAGGGGAUGCUUGUGUGACUUUGACACUGAACUUUUGUGUUUUCUUGCGUCAAUAAAGGCCGAGAAAGCUCCCUGGUGUGCAUUUCUUAAGGCGUCACCUGGAUUGGAUGG